AUGAACGGUUUAUUCGACGCACCAAAAAAACUCAAGGGUUUGUCAAUAGCGCAAGUCGUCGGAGAAGACAAUGACGAGGAAGCUACAACCCAGAAGCCAGACUGGAUAAAGAACGUUAAAGGUACUAGGCUCGACCCUCAAAGGUUAGCCCUCGUAGCUAGCGUAUUCGGUUACAAACUCUAUCAGGCUCCGAGAAAUCAACUCAAAUCUGGUUAUUUAUUGAGUGUUAUACCACCGAAGUCUCUCUCUAUUAAGAGAAACAAUCACAAUCAACUCAAUAGAGGUAUUCUUUUACCCUUAGAGCUUUCGAUUUCAGCUCAAAGAGCUUCGAUUGCUAGAGAAUUCAACUUACCAAGCUCAGGCGGUUUGAUCAUUUAUCUUAUAAACGAAGUACAGGAUAUUAAUAACGACAAGGAGCUCAUUGAUGAGCCAGGUCCUCUCAUAAACGAAAAGUCAUGGAAAUUACUUUGGAAAUCUUUCUUCCACUCUCCAAAUUUUGAAGAAAGACAUCCAGACAAGUUACCAAAUGAUCCGGAAUCUGACCAGCCAAAUUCAACUCCACCUUCUUUAAAGGUUCCGACUCAGCAUCAAUCAAUAGCAGGAAAAAUCGAAUUUGAUAUUGACACAUCCUCUAAAUCAGGACAUUGGUAUAAGAACUGGCCUUCUCAGACUCCUCAAACGAGUUACAACGAAAACGAACAACGUCCUUUCAGGUUACGUUCAAAUACUCAAGAGAUCGUUUACAGUCACGACAACUCUCAAGUUCCUACGCCUGCUGCUUUAUCUGCAGCGGCUAAAACGAAGUUAGAUACCACACAACAGGAUUCUCCGAGAUCAACUUCAAGUUUACCUUAUCGAGCAUUCGAAUUAGAAACUAUCCAAUCUCUUUUACAACCAGGUUCUAAAGUUCAAUCAGGUAGGAACUCCCCAACAUCACAAUCUAGAGCUGGCUCUCCAAGUGGUGCUCGCAACAGAGGUUCUGUUCACGUCAUGCAAGACACACUCGAUGAACUUGAAAAAGCUCUUGCUGAUCUUAGUCCAAGACCUAUUGAACAAAAUCAGGAUUUUGGUCAGCGCCGUGAUGCUGUACACAAAGCCGCUCGCACAUUAUCUAAAAUUGGUAACAGAGAAGGUUUCCAUUUACCACGCAAAGACGAUGGUACAUUGAAAGCAUUCGAUGAGCUAACGGAGGAAGAUGAAAAUAAUUUUGAGCAGCACGGCACAGCUAAAAAUAAGAGCGACUUAGAGAAUGACUUAGUUGGUUCUGUAGAUGGAUAUCGCGAAGAUGAUGAGCCUAUCGAUGUUCCAAAAUCCCCAUCAAGAUCCACAGAAUCACGUAGUAACAGUCUAUCAAAUAGCAGUGAAAGUAAUCAAAACGAAAGAUUGACUGAAACACCCGCAACUGAGACUGAUUUAAGUAGAUACACACCACCACCUCAAACGCAAACGCAAACAAAACCACAUUUAAGUAUCACAACCAAUCAAAACCCUCAAUUCAACAUCUCACCAUCGUCGCCAACGCCUAUACCAAAGACUGCACCAGCUGAAGCAAGUCAAAUGCAUGCACCUUCACCACCACGUUCCGCCAUACCUAAGUCACCCUCGAUCGCAAGCGUUGAAGAAAGACGAUCUAUAACCAAAACUCCAUUCAGCUUUGGUAGUCGUCGCAAAGAAUCAAUACAAAUUGAUAGGAAAAACAGCACCGAAUCGAAGAGAAGUCUUAGUAUUAAAGAUUCCGGUUCUAGUUUAGAUGGUUUGGGAAUUAGAGGUUUAAAAUUCUGGUCAUCCAAAUCUAAUCAGAACAACAAUCAACAACAUCGACAAAGAGAGCCUAGUAUAACUAUGCCAGUGGGUGUUGUUAAAACUGCAUCAGGUGGUCCAGGUAAAUUAGCCAAUACUGGCCAUUCUGGAAAUUCACCAAACGGUUUGCCUAGUAGGGCAGAGUCGAUGAGGUCUGUAUCACCAACAUUCUCCAACAAUGACAACGGUAAUAGCUCGACAACGUCGAUGAUUGAACAUUUUCCUGAUAGUCGAUACCCUAAAGAUGUAGAACUGGGUGAUGGAAGGCCUGAAAUGAUACCAUUACCACCAUCAGUUCGUCAGAAUAGUGUGGAAAGCAUACAUACACACAGGACACAAUCAUCAACGUCAACUGCUGGUUCUUUAAAGGGACGAGGAUUUAUGCCACGCAAGCAGUCACUCGAUUAUAGUACUCUUCCAACCGCAUUGCCUUCAACUGGAUCCCACUCAACGCCAUUGCCAAGUACUGCGACAUUCGCGCUCCCUGAAGCUAUACCUGAGAAUCUCGAAGAUGCUCGCCGAGGCUCAGCAGACUCUGAACAGCGGAAAAUCGAUGAAAUAAUAUCCAAAGAACGUGAAAAAGAUUUCGAAGCUAAGGUGGAGGCUUUCGAACAGGAGCAGCUCGCGUCGCAAGCUCGAGCUAAAGCAUUGACACAACAGGAGGAGACAAGAAAAGCCAUCAAGCAGGAAGAACAAGACCCAGAACCAAAGAAGAAAGGUGAGCCUGGUUCUAGAUUUAGCGCUAGUCCACCUCCUUCUCCUCCACGGAAAUUACCAGCGGUUCCUGUCUUUUCAAGGAAGCGCAGGGAUUAGCGCUAAGGAUUAACUCAUGCACUCUUUAAUUAAUCGGAUCGUCGUUUUACAUACAUUAGGGACCCUCUUAAUUUUUUUUUCGUGUUCUUUUAUAUUCCGGAAAAUGUUACACAAAUUAUAUGUACAUGUAUUAUUUGAUUUGUUAUAUUUGAAUAUGCAUAUGUUUAUGAAAAUUUU